UACAUGGAUUGUGGACCUAGUUGGAAAUUUGAUGGAAAUAAUUAGUAAAAGAAAGAACUUUGCACUUUCCUUCUUCUCUGUGCAGAAAUUACACAACUUGCCUUCUUCUCUGUGCAGAAACUCCCUAUUUUUUUGUCACACACAUAAGUGAGAAAUUAAGAGAUAUGGCUUAUGCUGCUAUUACUUCCCUUAUGAGAACCAUACGCCAAUCAAUGGAACUUAUUGGAUGUGAUUUGCAACCGUUUUACAAAAAGCUCGAAUCCUUGAGAGCUAUUCUGGAGAAAUCCUGCAAUAUAACGGGCGAUCUUGAGGCAUUAACAAGCUUGGAAGCUGAAAUCGCAGAGGUAGCAUACACUACAGAAGAUACCGUUGACUCAGAAUCAAGAAAUAUUUUUUUAGCACAGAAUUUACAGAAAAGAAGCAGGGCUAUGUGGGAGCUCUUUUUCCUCUUGGAACUAGCACUAGAAUGCAUUGAUUCCACCAUGGAACAGUGGAUGGCAAUAUCAGACAGCAUGAAAGAUCUAAAACUACAAACUUACUCUCUAGCCAGCUUACCUGAUCAUGUUGUAGAGCCCGCCGAGAAUAUAAUGGUUGGCCAUGAAACUGAAUUCGAGAUGAUGCUGGAUCAACUUGCUAGAGGAGAAAGGGAACUGGAAGUUGUCUCAAUCGUAGGGAUGGGAGGCAUCGGGAAGACGACUUUGGCUACAAAACUCUACAGUGAUCGAUGCAUUAUGUCUCGAUUUGAUAUUCGUGCAAAAGUAACUGUUUCACAAGAGUAUUGUGCGAGAAAUGUACUCCUAGGCCUUCUUUCUUCGAUAAGUGAUGAACCUGAUGAUCAAUUAGCAGACCAACUGCAAAAGCUUCUAAAAGGCAAGAGAUACUUGGUAGUCAUAGAUGACAUAUGGACUACAGAAGCUUGGGAUGAUAUAAAACUAUGUUUCCCAGACUGUAAUAAUGGAAGCCGAAUACUCCUGACUACGCGGAAUGUGGAAGUGGCUGAAUAUGCUAGUUCAGAGGAUGAACGGAUUCAUGUAAAUAAACUUGUGGAGUUAUGGGUUGUAGAGGGAUUUUUGAAUGAAGAAGAGGGUAAAAGCAUAGAAGAUGUGGCAAAAACAUGUAUAAAUGAACUUAUAGAUAGAAGUUUAAUUUUCAUCCGAGAUUUGAGUUUUUGUGGAACAAUAGAGAUUUGUGGAAUGCAUGAUGUGAUCCGUGAACUCUGUUUGAGGGAAGCUCGAAACAUGAAUUUUGUGAAUGUUAUCGGAAAAAAGAGUGAUCAAAAUUCAUGUGCACAAUCCAUGCUAUGUUCCUUUAAGAGUCGAAGUCGGAUCAGUAUCCAUAAUGAGGAAGGAUUGGCUUGGUGUCGUAAUAGUGAGGCUCAUUCUAUUAUCAUGAUGGGUGGAUUCAAAUUCUUCACACUGGAAUUGUCUUUCAAGCUAGUAAGAGUACUAGAUCUUUCUAUGACUAGUUGUGAAAUUUUUCCCAGUGGAAUACAUUCUUUAAUUCACUUGAGAUACCUAGCUUUGAGUAUUUAUCCUCGCUUAGGGCCGUAUCCAGGAUCCUCCUACGAAGCGAUUCCCUUGUCAUUAAUAGACAUGAUAUCAAGCCUAUGUUAUCUGCAAACUCUUAAACUUUACCCGUGUUUAAGUCGUUUUGAAUGUCCUUUCAUUUUACCAUCAGAAAUUUUGACCAUGCCGCAAUUGAGGAACUUACAUUUGGCCUGGAAUUACUUGCGGAAUCAUGAGCUUACGGAGAAAUGUUUGGUUUUGAAAAAUUUGCAAUACCUCCGUGGAUUGAAUCCUCGAUAUUGUACUGGAUCUUUCUUAAGACUAUUUCCCAAUUUAAAGAGGUUGCAAAUAUUUGGCGUCCAAGAAGACUUCCUUGAUUGCAAGUACCUGUUUGCUUUGCGCUACUUAUAUGAGCUCGAGAAAUUGGAAUUUGGUAAUCUUCGUCGGAGACAUUUCAGGAAAACUGAUGUUCCAAUGUUCUUACCUCCUCCGGAUGCUUUUCCACCAAACCUUAAGAAUUUAACUUUUAAUGGAAAUUUCGUUUUGGCUGUGAAGGAAUUGAGCAUUGUUGGUAAAUUACCCAAACUCGAGGUCCUUGAACUAUCAAAUAAUGCCUUCAAAGGCAACGAGUGGGAAGUAGUUGAGGAAGGAUUUCCUCGCUUGAAGUUCUUGUUCCUGAAUAGAGUACACAUUCAGUACUGGAGAGCUAGUAGUGAUCACUUUCCGUACCUUGAGCGACUUUUUCUUAGAAAUUGCCGUUAUUUGGAUUCAAUCCCUCAAGAUUUUGCAGAUAUAACAACACUUGCUCUUAUUGAUAUACGUAGAUGUCAACAAUCUGUUGGAAAUUCCGCCAAGCAAAUUCAACAGCACAUUCAAGACAACUAUGGAAGCUCUAUCGAGGUCCAUACUCAUGAUCUUUUUUAAUUGAAAGGGCUAAUAUAUGUAACAAUAGUCAAUCUUUUUGUACAUAUAAUUUAGUUAAUUGCACACAAUUGAAGGGGCUAACAUAUGUAACAAUAGUCUUUUAAUACAUAUAAUUUAGUUGAUUACACGAC